AUUUUGCAAUUUGGGAUUUAGCACUGAACUAGAGUCCAACCCAAUUUACCCAAAAGACAUGGUCAGUUUGGAAUCCUGAAAACAAGCAUGGAAAUCAAAAUCAGCCAAAAUAUCUGAACUACUAACUGACUUCAUUCAGUUACAAGUGUACACAACUCUUUAAUAUGGAUCCUAUGUCUAUUGGUAUCUUCAUUCUCUUGAGAAACAAGAAUGAUCAGAGAUGGAAGUAGUGAUGGUACAGACACAACUGGUGACGGUCAUAGGCAGAUCACAUGGGGGAAUCUGCUCCGGCCAAUACGGAACCUCAUGGUCCCGUGCUGGGCCUGCCGGACUUUGACAAUUUCACAUUGCUUACCGCACAAUGCAACCGUCACUGGUACCUUCAUCUGUCCCAUUAACUACAGCAGAGUUAGGCUCGCUCUGCAAAACGACCCCACAUGCUUACCCUUCAUGCUGGUUGAGUUCCCGCUCAGCACGCCAGCAUUCACCGACCUGAUUGACAAUGGCAUUCUCUGCAUCAUGCUGGAGCCCGUCCAGGAUUCCGGCACAUGGGUGAUGUAUUGUAAUGGACAGAGAAUGGGGUUGGUCACCAGGAGGGAGGUGGAUGAGGAUGAGAGGUUGCUUAUUGAGGCGAUGAAAAUGGUCACCGCCGGCGCUGGGAUAUGGCCAGAGAAGGGUUCAGUGGCGGCAGGUGAGUAUAAGUACUUGAGAGGUCAGUUUGAGAGAGCAGUUGGGACUAAUUCAGAGGCUUACCAUCUGAAAGAUCCCUCAGAGGGUCGUGGAGGGUAUUUAAGUGUGUUCUUUCUUCGUAAUUAGUAGUUUCAGUUUUAUAAGCAUCAUUGCAAUAGGUAUAUUUACAACCCUUAAUGCACAUGUUGAAUCCUUCACAUUACAAAAGCCAGACCUGACAUUUUUCCGGUAACCAGUAUGGGCCACGGGAUGAUGACAAUUACAUGUAAGGUUUUGCCUGCUAUAUCCUACCAUUUCCCUCUUUAUCUUUCUACUUUGUACAUUGAAAUGCUAUAUCUUUCCAAAAUCAACUCUUCAUAAGAUGCAGGUAUGUCAAAGGCACCGCAAUCAUCUUAAUGCUAACUCCUUGGAUAUUAGAUAACGAAAACUGAAAUUAUGUGGGGUCCAUUCUAUGUUCUUACGGGA